AUGAUCACUUGCGAGGGGAUCAUGGUUUUGGAACUAUUACUCCUCCUUUACUGCCGCAGUCGCCCAAUUCUUCCUCGACAGCCGAUGACAUUAGCCUCGAGAUUAUUGUUAGUUUAUGCAACCGAUAUCAUCAGAUUUGAUUUCGGUUCUUCUGUAUGUCAAUACCAAAAGACACCUGGUGCCGAAGAAGCAGAAACUCUCCAAAUCUCUGGGGCCGUCAGUCAACCCGCUCUAAUAACUCAAGCCAUGUCUUCUAUAGAAUUAUCGAAUCUCACAACAUCUCUAAGGACUACGAGCAAUUCACCCCAGACAACCCGACGGUGGUGGAACAUUUUCAGUCGUAAAGGAAAAGGUAAAAGGAAAAGGAGCAGAACGUGGUCGGACUUCGUCGAAGAUGGGGAUCCACGUGUUUGCGCUUUAGGAAGCUUUACAGGCCGUGAUGGAAAGCCGCAUGUGGGUAUCGGGAAACAUGGGGCAGGUAUGACAAAAUAUAGGAUGAGUAAAGAACGACAAGACAAGGUUGAUGAAGGAAGUACCUAUAAAUCAAAACAGACCAAAACAAAGGAGGUGGUAUGA